AUGAUUCUUCUAACUAAACAAGCAGUUUUGGUGAUUGACAAUUUUAUCGCAAUCGACCUAUUUGGUACCAAUUCAGAUGUCAAGUAUUGCUUCCUUUCCGAUGCUAAUUCUUAUUACUGCCAUAAGUUAACUGUGAGUUUGAUUCAAAUUUUUGAAAUAUCUUCUAGGGUAAAUGACAAAACAAUGGAAUAUAUUUGUUCAUCGAUAACAGCCAAAUUGUUAUCUGUAAUCAGUACUCGAAGAAAAAAACGAUACAGAAUUUUGAAUAAAUGGAUUCGACUAUUAGAUUUGAAUAUCUGGCAUAAAAUGAGCAAGUUUCGGAUGAUAUUUAUAGAUGCAAAUCAUGCACCUGCAAAGGAAGCGGCAAAUCUUCUACUGAAAUAUAACGGAGUUGAUAAUGUAGCUAUUUCGGUGCCAAUAAUUGGUUGUGAAAGUUUUCUGGUCAACAUUUUUCGCGAACUCAAGUAUAAAAUUUGGCUGCAUCCGGAACGCUUUGAAAUUGCUCAAAUUCUCGCAAUAGAUUAUUUUUCUGAGAGAAAGGCGACACUUAUAUUUGGACUUGCUUACAAAUGUUUGUUAUCUUUGGAUGUCUUAGGUUUCAAGAGCAAAAAGUGCUGA